AUGUACAGACAGCAAUCAGUUACAAAUCUAUUGAAUAGAUUGAUUCAUGACAAUAAUUAUUAUUUCACCAGAUACAAUGAAUAUAUUACGUAUUUGAAAGGUGCUCGCGAGUUUUGUGAUAACUCACUGAGUCUUAGAGUCCAAAAAUCUACUUUUGAAUUGUCUGUUUCAGGAAAGAUGCUCUUUGUUGUCUUCAUCCUAUGGAUUUCACCAACGUUUGCUGAUUAUCAUUGUGAAGUCUGACCCACCUUCGAAUGCUUCAAUGUGACGCAGGAUGAAUUCUUGGACGAAAUAUUCAGGAAUGAAAGAUAUAUCAAAAAUAAAGUCACCUCCAUACAUAUAUUUCACGCAAAUUACUCCACAAUUGAAGAAUUUCCUUGCCCUCCACCACUACGGAAAAUCCAUGUCACUAUCAAAACUAUAGGUUUGGUGGAAACUAAUAUUGAAAACAUCAAUGGCAACGCUUUUGUUGAAUGGAAAAUCCUGGAAAAUAUGAACCUGAGUAGAAAUCAAAUUUCUGAUAUAUCAUUCGUGAAAAAUUUGCCAUGAUCAGUUAGCAGUCUCGAUUUGCGUUAUAAUGAUGUAACUGUCAUGGAUUUGAAACUGUUACAUGAAGUAAGGAAGUUACUAAUCAGGAACAACAAAAUUGAGAUGAUCAAUCGCUCAACUCGUACAAUUAAUAUGUGGAUUUUGGAUUUCAGUCACAAUAAGCUCACUAACUAUGAUGAAAAUGAUCUAAAUUGCAAUUCUGAUAUUCUCGAUCUUAGUUACAACAAAUUGACACACGUGUUUUUAAACAUAGGAAAGUCUAGUGUGAAUUUAGUAGGAAACUAUAUAUUAUCAUUGGGCCCUUAUGAGAAAACACCUUUUGAUUCCAGAACUCUCUAUUUAACAAAUUUCCCUUCGAAUACUACGUUCCAAAUUGAGAAUGAAUUUAUAAUGACUGGCUCUAAUAUAACAAGAUUGGAUAAACAAAUCUUCGAUAUGAAUCGUUUAUACACUCAGUACUACAAACGGCCAGUCAUAGAUUUUUCAAACUCAUCUGUUUCAUUUAUUUCCAAACUUUAUUUUGGUGAAAUGUAUCUAAAAGAAAUCAAUUUAAGUUACAACAAUUUGACUGUAUUGGAGGGACCUUUCUUCAAGAACAUAUACGUUGACAAAAUUAAUUUGGCAUUUUC